CUUGAAGCACAGGUCCCCUGGGCCCAUUGUCUGAGGUCCCCUAGGACUGUCCCUGCUGGACAACAAGGAUUCGCCCCUCUCUGCCUGGUUCAAUUCUCUCCUCUCCACCGUCAGUUCCCAGGUCCUGGUCAGCUCUUCGCAGCCUCAGAGAAGCCAUGGGAGCCUGCCGCAUCCAGUAUGUCCUGCUCCUCUCUCUGCUGGGCUUCUCCCCCUGCUCAGAUACUCUGACCUGUCACAAGGGAAUCAUGGUGAAACUUGGCAGUGGCUUCACUAAGACAGCAGUUGAGUGGAAAUCAUUUGAGAACAAGGAAGGUGGACCUGAGGAGAUUUGUCAGGAGACACUCCUGAUCAUAGAUGUAGGUAAUAAAUCUCUCAUAUUGGGGAGCAAAGGUUGCGGCAAACCUGGGGAAAAGAAGACCCAAAAUGUCCAGGUGUUUUCCGCUGGGCCUGGAAUCGUGGCUGCCUCUUAUGCCCACUUCUGUGACACCGAUCUCUGCAACAAAGCUAACAGCAGCAGUGUCCUUCUGGACUCCCUGUCACUUGCAGACUCCUCUCAGCUGGGAACCACCCAGUGUCCUGUCUGCUUGCAGUUUCAGGGUUCCUGCACCCACAAUUCCAACUUUGUCUUCUGUCCUAAGGGCACUCGUUGUUAUUCUAGUGACUUGACAUUCCAGGGAGGUGAGCUCAAUAGUACUUUUAGCAUUGACGGAUGCCUGGUCUCACGUUGCAAAUACCUACUGAAAAAGCAAACUUCAAUUGGGAUCUUCUCCGCUAUGGAAAUCCCUCAGUUACAGGCUGUGGAUUCAUUCUCACAUGUCCUCGUCCCGAGCACCCUCCUGGCCUGGAUAUUUGGGCUCAGCCCUCUUCUCAGCCCGUUGUUUGCAGAGAUCUGUCCUCUUUGCUGAGCCCAUUUCUCUGUCAGUCUCAAUCCCUCCUGGCCACCCAUACCCAGCCCUCCUCUGACUUCAUAACCCAAAGACCUGAGACUGGGCGCUGUCCCUGCGCUGUCGGGCCUCAUCCCUCAGCCACACACCUCGGCCUCCUCCUGCUUAGAUAUGGGAGCCACUGGACUCACCCGGCUCCAGAGCAGACAGCCACGCACUGACCACACAUGUGGAAAAAUAAAGUUGCUGUUGUUUACCAAA